AUGGUCAUGGUCCAGAUUGAGUCCAGGUCCGGUCUGGACAGCGUAGAGGAAAUCGCAAAGGUGGAGGGAUUGGAUGUGCUUCUGAUCGGCCCCUUCGAUCUCGCAAAACAGAUCGGCGUCGUCCGCGGCGGAGACGAGCACACGGCGGCUAUUGAUCGCAUUCUGAAGGCCGCCAAGGCUGCCGGAAAGAAGGCGGCGAUCUUCUGCACAAGUGGUGAGCAGGCCCGCCAAUAUGCCGAACAAGGCUUCGACAUGGUAUCAGUCAUCACCGACCAGGGUGCUAUGGGAGAUGCUAUGGUGCAGUCUCUGUCGGCUGCACAGGGCCGCGACGCGGACAACAAGCCCCGGGAUGGGUACUGA